CUGUGUUUUAUGUUUUAUAUGUCAUGUUAUUAUCUUAUUAUAGUGGGUACAAUUGGGUACAACUUAAAUAAAUUAUAUUGUUAGAAUGGAUUACGAAUUUCCUACAGAUUUUGAUAUAGUAAUUGUGGGAACAGGAAUAAUAGAAUCUAUAAUAUCGGCGGCUGCAAGUCGUGUAGGAAAACGAGUUUUACAUGUUGAUGAAAAGGAAUACUAUGGUGGGCAUUGGGCUUCUUUUAGCUUGGAAGCUGUAAUGGAAUUAAAGAAGUCCAAAGAAAAUCCAGUUGCAAAUGUGGGAAAUCUAGACUUGUAUGUGUUUGGAAAUCAGGUAUACGAUCUUAAGAAUGUUGAUUACAAAUUCCAUGUAAUACCAAAAGAAAAAAUCCAAGUGGAAAAACAAGAAGAUAGUGAAAAUCAAGAACAAGUGACUGAAAGUAAAGAUGAAGACGAUAAUAAAGAAGUGAUAGAAAAAGAAAAACCUGAUACUGUCAUUUGGGACAAGGAGGCUUUAUUAAAAUUAUCCAGAAGAUUUAAUAUUGAUCUUACACCAAAACUUCAGUAUGCCAGAGGUCAUUUUGUAGAAUUAUUAAUAUCAUCAAAUAUAGCAAGGUAUUCCGAGUAUAGAAGUGUGAGUAGAAUACUUACAUGGUUUAAUAAAAAAUUGGACUUCUUACCUUGCUCACGUUCUGAUGUUUUUGCAAACAGUAAAGUAUCUGUGGUAGAAAAAAGAAUGCUAAUGAAGGUUUUAACAGCUUUAAAUACUUUAGAUAAACUGAAUGAUUAUGAAAAUAAAACAUUCAAACAAUAUCUUGCAGAUCAAAAAUUAACUCCAAAUUUGAUUCAUUACCUACUUUAUGGUAUUUCAAUGAGCUCUGAUGACACACCUUGUGAUGUAGGUGUUGUGAAUGUAAAAAGAUUUUUAGAUAGUUUAGGACGUUUUGGGCACACUCCAUUUUUAUAUUCAAUGUAUGGAAGUGGAGAAAUACCACAAGCUUUUUGUAGACUGAGUGCCGUGUUUGGUGGUGUAUUUGCUCUAGGGCAAAGCAUACAAGGUUUUACUGUGUCCGAUAAUAAAUUUAAAUCAAUAACAGUUAGGUCUCAAAAUAUUCAAGCAGAACAUCUUGUCAUGAGUAUAGAAAAAGUACCAAAACAAUUCCUUAAGUCAAACAAUCAACAGUAUAUUUCCAGAUGUGUAUUAAUAACUGAUAAAUCCAUAUUAGAUAGUGAAAAAGAACACUUGACUCUAGCAUUUUAUCCUCCAGAGAAUGGAAAGCCACUUGUGAAGCUAAUUGAGCUAGGAUGUCUUACAGGUACUUGCCCAAAACCUUUAUAUGUAGUGCAUUUAUUAGCCAAACAAGGCACUACCCCACAAGAAGAUUUCAGCAGUGUUAUAGAUAGUUUGUUUGACCAAAAUGAAGAAACCAACAUGGAAAAUGAGCAAAAGCCUUCAAUUCUUUGGUCUAUGUACUUUUCGUUGCCAGAUACCAAUAAUGCAGAUUUAACAGAAGGUCUUCCAGACAAUGUGUUUGUAUGUCCUGGUCCUGAUACUGACUUGGAUUACGAUUAUUCUGUAAAAAAAGCAGAACAGAUGUUUAGACAAAUAUAUCCAGAUUUAGAUUUUCUUCCUAGAGCUCCAGAUCCAGAGGAAAUAGUGAUUGGUGAAGAAGAAGAAGAAGGCCAAGAAACGGCUGAAGGUGAUACUAGUCCAUAGUUAACUUAAUACUACUAUAGAUUUUUUUAAAUUGAUAAUUGGAGCAGAAUGCUUAUUUACACAAAUAGAUACUAAUAAUUUAUGGCUAUCAUAUUUAAAAUAUAAUUUACUAAUUACUUAUAUAAUUUUAAAUAUGACAGCCAAAUGAUGUAGUAGUUUCAGUGUUUUGAUAAGAAACUUUACUACACAAGUUUUGUUAUUGGAAAAGAGUCUGCAACUUUUUAUUGGUCAUGAUGAUUUUUUAAUGAUUUAGUUAUUACUUACAUCUCCUUUUUGAUAACUGUAAAAACAUGCUGUUUUAAUAGUUAAAAAUUAUGUUUAAAUAUUCACACAGUAGUUGUAUAGGUAAAACUAUUAUUUUUGCCAUUGUUAACAAACACAAUCAGAUCUAUAUUUAUCUCUUUAUUUCAUAAAUAAAAAACUGUUAAGCACACAUUUUUGCCAUUGUUAACAUACACAAUCAGAUCUUUAUUUUUUCUAUUUAUUUCAUAAAUAAAAAAACUGUCCCACU